UUUUAAGCUUUGGCGCUAUGAUCCCUAUACUUUCUUUGUGAACUUUCUCUUUUGGAGAUGUUUGCCCAUCAAUCUUUAAUUCCCACCCAAUGGAAAAACUACUUAACCAAACCAUACUACAAAUUCUAGUUCCACACUAAUGCUGUUUUGUUUUUCUUGUUCUGUUUGUUGUCUUGAAAGAUUUUCUCUCUUCCAAAUUACUCCUUCCCUUUUUUUCUUUUUAAAUUUUUUUUUUCUGUUUUGUUUAUUUUGGGCCCAUUAAGGAAUGGGUGACAACAAGGGAGAUACAUCAAAGAAGCAACAAACCCAGCAGCAACAACAACAAAUUUCAUCUUCCCCUAAAGAUCCACUUGACGAAUCAACAGAAACAAGACCAAUAAUCCUCCACCAACAACAACAACAACCACCACCACCACCACCUGCGGUUGUUGUGGUUACUGGAGCUCCUGCUUUCUAUGUCCCUAGUGGUGCAACUUCAUCAUCACCAUUUGAGCAACAACAAUUCGAAUCGGUCAAUCCCAAGAGACCUAGAUACACUACUACUACAGGACAAUGGAAGCUCCUUCCUUCUCCAUCUUCUCAGCAAAAACAGACCCCUACCCAAAUAACCAGCAUUCACACAACCGAGCAAUCAAGUCCAUCACCGACAGCAAACCCGACCAACAACCCCCCUCCAACAACAACAACAACAGCUCAACCCCAACAUCUACUCCACAGUACAGCUGCUUCUUCCUCAGACACAGCCUCUUCUCCAUCUCAUUCCCCUCUGCCUUCUCUCUCAGCAGCUUCCGGUCAGGACACAAACAAAUCGGAGGGAGAAAACCCGGUUCACCACCAUCAUCAAUUUAGAAAAGGCAAAUAUGUUAGCCCCGUUUGGAAACCAAACGAGAUGCUAUGGUUAGCAAGAGCUUGGAGGAUUCAAUACCAAGGUAGUGUUGGUAGUGGUGAUGGAUCUGGUUCAUCGUCUUUGAGAACAGAGCAUCAUCAUACAGAUUUGGGUACUCAAACCAGAAGCAAAACCAGGGCUGAGAAAGAUAAAGAAGUAGCUGAGUUUUUACAGAGGCAAGGUAUUAACAGAGACGCUAAAACGGCAGGAACGAAAUGGGAUAAUAUGCUGGGAGAGUUUAGGAAAGUUUAUGAGUGGGAAAGAGGGGGUGAGAGAGAACAAGUUGGUAAAAGCUACUUCAGGCUUUCGCCGUAUGAGAGAAAACUGCAUAGAUUGCCUGCGUCGUUCGAUGAAGAGGUCUUUGAAGAAUUGUCUCAGUUCAUGGGGUCUAGAAUGCGAAGUACUCCGCAGGGCAGAGGAGGAUCUGCGAUUGUUGAAGCGGCAAGAAUUUUGCCCGCACCCCCUUCUUUUAAAGACGACGAGCUUCAUCUCUCAGCGUCUGCAGGGAGGACAAAGCAGUUGAUGAUGAGCAGUAGCGGAGGUGAACCAUCUUACCAUGGUGGGAGACCUUCUUCCUUAUUGGGUUUUGAAUCUUCAUCAAUGGACGUAGGAGGUCCAUCGCCACUGUUAUCAUCUUCAAAGGAGCUUCGUAGGAUUGGUAAGAUAAGAAUGAUAUGGGAAGAAUCGGUUAGUUUGUGGGGUGAAGAAGGUGAGCACCAUAGAGGUAGAGUGAGACUCCAAGGUUCGAGCUUUUUGAAUGCGGAUGAGCUUACUUACUUUGAUGACGGUAUGGUUGCUUGCACCAUGGAAGCCUUUGAAGAUGGUCCUCUGAGAGGUUUCUCUGUUGAUAGAUUCGUUUCCGGACAGCAAGUCAAAGUCUUUGGCAGAAGGAAGUCUUCAUUUUACUCCGCUGCCACCACUUCUUCUGGCUUCUCUGAGAAAAUCCAGCUUCCUUUAACUGAACCAUCCAUCAUAAGAUCCUUUCCUCCAUGGGAAUUUCAAGACCCAACCGAGUACUAUGUUGGAUGUCUUCGAGUUCCACCACAAUCACUUCCAAGCCUAUUCGAGCUUUCAUGGUACUUACAAGAACCACCUUCCGAGGAAUUGCGAUUUCCACUUCGCAAGGACGUUUACCGAGAUUUGCCACAAGGAAAAGAUCUUUUCCUCACCACCUCUUCGGAAAUGUUAGAUUGCAGGUCCAUCACAUACGAUAUACUCAGUCCCAUUAUACGAAUCAACCCUAGUAUCACAACCUCAACUGCCACUAGUAGAGACUCAUUUAUCGGCCUUUGGGACGAUUGCAUCAAUAGGAUUGUCUCUAAAUUUUGUUCGGUUGAAAUGGUUACCAUACGCAAACCCACAUCGACAUCACCAUCCGAGCCUUUGCAAGAUCAAUGGCCGAAUGUCACAGGUUUCGUGAGGAAUUUUUGUCUAUGGAGAGGUGAGGAAGUUGACCAAUUGAGAGAAGGUCAUGUAGAUCCUUCUAGCUCAUUAGUCGAGAAACUUCUUUGGACCUAUGUAGACCUGCCAUAUAUAUUAGGCUACUAUGCAGUUGGCUAUGUGGUAACAUUUUGCGCAUUGAGCCGAAUACAGGAUCGGAUAAUUCGAACCGAUUUACACACGGUAGAUUUAUCAUCACCAUCAGAGAGGAUUAAAGCCCUAGUACCAUGUUAUAGGAUAGCUGGUUUGCUACCAUUGUUAGCUGACCGAUGCUUAAACAAUAUCAACAACAAUGGCGGUGGUGGUGGUGGUGGCAGCAGCAGUUUCAAGAUGCUUCCUUACAGCGAUUUCGAGAGGAUCGAUGCGGGAAGUGGAGAAGUGAUCGAAAUGACACCCAACACCGUGACGAGAUAUUUCUCGAACAGAAGGAAAUGGACGGCCGUGAAAGAGAUCUAUGAUUUUCUCGAUCACCGAAUACCUCAUGCAGAAUUCAUUCACAGAUCGUCGGAGAAAGAUUUAGCAUUGGUGUUCAAACCGAGAGGUUGCAAAUUCAAGCCCUCGAAUUUCGACCAGUUGGUGGAGGCUCUGAAGUAUGUAACGAAGGCGUUGGUGGCGCUUCAUGAUCUAUCUUUCAUGCACAGGGAUUUGAGCUGGGAUAAGGUGAUGAGGAGGUGCGACAGAGAGAACGAGUGGUUCGUCUGCGGGUUCGAUGAGGCGGUGAGUGCGCCGCAGAUAUACCCGUCGCAUCCAAUGAUGAUGGGUAUGGGUGGUGAUGGGGAGACGGAGGCGACGAUGGCGCGUGGGAGGCGUGCGCCGGAGAUGGAAAGGGGGUUGCAUGGGGUGAAGGUGGACGUCUGGGGAGUGGGGCAUCUGGUUCGGAGCUGUGGGUUGGCGGGUAUGCCGAAGAUGCUAAGGGAGCUGCAGAAGCGGUGUUUGGAUCAGAACCCGGAGCAGAGGCCCACUGCCGCCGACUGCUACCACCACCUGCUUCAGCUGCAGUCGUCCUUGUCAGUCUCCUCUGCUGCUGGGGUUUUGAUUUGACUCGGUUUUUACCCCUCAAAUAUCAUGGAACAAAAUUCACCAAGAUCAACGGUUCUGAUUAAAAUGCAUCUCCGAAACACCAGCUUUUUUUUUUUUCCUUUAAUUUUGAUUGCAUUGGGGAUUGGGAUCUGGGGGAGUUUUCUUUUGGGGGUUUUGAUACCUUAAAAAUUGAAUGAAAGCAUUUAUUUAAAAAGGGUAUUUAAUUUAAUUUUUUUUAUUUUGAAGAUUGAAUUUGGCGGCUGCUUUCUUUCUGCGGUUUCUGGUUCUUGCGGCUUCUGCUUUUUCUUACGGUUAGUUCCAUCAAAUCAAAACUACUGAUGUGUAAGUUUUAGGAUUGGCACUUCUUGGAAUGUGGAGAAGAUAGGAUAAGGGUAUUGUUUGGCGAUGAUAUGGACGUUUCUGGUCUUAACUUAGAUUACUUUAAAAUCUUCAUUUUUUUUAUUGUUAUUUUUAAGUUUCAUUCAUUGCUCCUUCCCUUCCUUAACUAUUCUUUGUAGAAGUUCUUUAUUUUCUUUUUU